AUGUCGGCCGCUAUCGACAAUGAGGAUCUCGAGGAGCUCUCCAUCUCCAUGCCGGCCCCAAGAAGGGGCGGCGCGAGCACAACCAAAACCGUCGAAUUCUCUCCAGCCGUUCAGCCCAAUGCACCAGUCACCACAGCCGCUCAAGAGAGCAAGAGUAGGGACCCCAAGGCGAAUCAGCGCCUGGGGCAGUAUACCAUAGUCAAGACCUUGGGCGAGGGCUCUUUUGGCAAGGUCAAACUGGCCACACAUCAAGUGAGCGGCCAGAAGGUCGCUCUUAAGAUUAUCAACCGCAAACGACUCGUCACUCGGGACAUGGCUGGCAGGAUUGAGCGCGAGAUUCAGUACCUGCAGCUGCUGAGACACCCGCAUAUUAUCAAGCUAUAUACCGUCAUCACGACCCCCGUUGAGAUCAUCAUGGUCCUCGAAUACGCCGGCGGAGAGCUCUUCGACUACAUCGUCAACAACGGAAGAUUACAAGAGGACAAGGCUCGCAAGUUCUUCCAACAGAUAGUCUGCGCCGUCGAGUACUGCCAUCGCCACAAGAUUGUGCAUCGCGAUCUGAAGCCUGAGAACCUCCUGCUGGACGACCAAUACAAUGUCAAGAUCGCCGACUUCGGCCUGAGCAACAUCAUGACCGAUGGCAACUUUUUGAAGACUAGCUGCGGUAGCCCAAACUACGCAGCGCCUGAAGUCAUCUCUGGAAAACUGUACGCUGGCCCGGAAGUGGAUGUAUGGAGCUGUGGCGUCAUCCUCUACGUCCUCUUAGUCGGUAGACUACCAUUCGACGACGAAUACAUUCCCACCCUCUUCAAGAAGAUUGCAGCAGGCAACUACAGCAUCCCCAGUUACCUCUCGCCUGGCGCCGUCUCGUUGAUCAAGAAGAUGUUGAUGGUCAACCCCGUCCACCGCAUCACGAUUCCAGAGCUGCGGCAGGAUCCCUGGUUCACUAAAGAUUUGCCCGCCUACCUCGAGCCCCCGAUUCAGGAAUUCUUUGAGAGCGGCGUUGACCCGAACAAGGCCAUCAACCCCAAAGAUCUAGCACCUGCCGCCUCCGCGCCCGUGGUGCAGAAGCUGCACGAGACCGUUGUGUCCAAAUUGGGCAAGACUAUGGGUUAUGCAAAGCACGAUGUUCAAGAAGCUUUGGCAAGGGAUGAGCCAAGUGCCAUCAAGGACGCGUAUCUCAUCGUCCGAGAAAACCAAAUCAUGAAGACAAACCCACUGCUAACAGGAGACAACAAUCUCCAAGACUUCUUCGCGCAAUCACCUCCGAACCACCAAGAAAGUUAUCUAAGCUCAUCAAUACCCAACACCCUCUCGGCCAUGUCCCGGCCGCAAGUCAUUCCCCCUGCUUCUGAUCAUGAACGCGCUCGCCAAGGGUCAAAUGCCAGCAGCCAAUUAGCCAGUAUACGAAGUCCGGUCAGCACGGUGGCUAUUCUUCCCAGCAGUCUUACAGAGUAUCACAAGGCCUACAUGAAGGGACAUCCUAGGCCACCCAACAGACCUCAGGAAGAGGGGUUGCCACUGAAUCAGGAACAGAGCGAGGAACAGAGACAAAUAUCAGCGCGAAGACUGAAGCCCAACUUCCGCGCAAUUCCCGAAGCUCACAGGCAGCGGCCUGAGCCAAUGACAAGUCUCCCCGCCAAGAAGCCCCGGCCGACAAAAUGGCAAUUUGGUAUAAGAUCCCGAAAUCAGCCUGCGGAAGCUAUGCUUGCCAUUUUCAAGGCGCUGAAAGCAAUGGGUGCGGAUUGGGAAGUACCCAAAAUCCGCAAAGCUGGGGGAGGAAGUGGGUCGCAUAGUAGAAGCGCUUCGCACGAGUCACAAGAACGCUCGCCUUCGCGGUCGAGAAGCCGCUCACGGGGGUCCUCGAUCUCAUCUCACUCUUCCAGUGAGGAGCAAGGGGACCGGAUGAACUCGCCCCACCGUGAGCCACUCACAGUCCGCAAUGGUGGCGAGAAUGAAGAGAAACGAGGUCGUCAAAAACGUCACUACAACCAUACCAAUGACUGGGGCUACCACGUCCCCGAAGAUCCAUGGGUCAUCAACGCUCGUUUCCGCAAGGACGGCAUGUUCCCUCCAGGCAUUGCACACCCCUCUUCAACCCACUCCUCACGCGUUGAUCUCGCUACCGAUCCCUCUGGACCUCGUCGCCGCAGCUCCACCAACACAAGCACGUCCCCGCUAUCUCCGGGUGUCGAAGGUUUGACCGUGGCCGAACGCGGCGCCUCCCUCGCAGAAGACUACCCAGCUGCUGACGAGGCCGUGUGGAUAUACAUGACGAUACAACUAUACAGCAUUGACCGCGACUUUUUUGUCGUAGACUUCAAAUGUGCAGGAUACGAGCGUCUCGUGUCAAAUCUAGUCCGCGAGAUCAAGGCGACGAAUACGCUGGACAGAACGAUGAGCAGUCUCGCGCUUUCGUCGAGUCAGCCGCAUCCGACACACAAAGACGGAUGGGACGACGAACAAGGUGUCUGGCGGAGGCUGGGCGAUGGGGAACCGUUGCCUGAUGACUUGGCAAAGGAGCUGAGGGCUGGAGGUACCGGUGUACUCAGGGAGCGUACGGAAGAGGUGGGCGCAGGACGCAGUACUGAUGGGGAGAAGGUUGUGACGAGCCCUUUUCCAUUUUUGGAUGUGGCUAGUACAUUGAUCUUGCAGUUGAGUGGGGAGUAG